AUGGCUGCUACCAACGGCACCAACGGCAUCGAUACAAAGUCGAAAACACAUGCCCCUCGCCUGUUAACCCAUGUCGUGGAUGAAAUCGCUGCUUCUGAACCCUCUCGCCCAUUCCACUUCCAGCCCAAGACGAACAAACCCGAAGAUGGCUGGGUCCCAGUAACCUUCAAGGAAUUCGCCAAUGCCAUCAACCAUGUCGCGUACAUCAUCGCCGAGACUGUCAAGAAGGACAGCACCGACGAGUUCCCGACCCUUGCCUACGUCGGGCCCAACGACGUCCGCUACGGCAUCCUAGUCCUGGCCACCAUCAAGGCCGGCUGCAAGGCGCUCUUUGUCUCUCCCCGAAACAGCAUCGAGGGCCAGCUAUCGCUAUUCGAGAGAACAAACUGCAACCACGUGUGGUACGCCGAGUCGUUCCAUCUCACUGUACGAACCUGGCUCUGCGAGCGCAAGAUGAAGUCAUGGAGCGUUCCGCCCCUGAAAGAGUGGCUCCAAGCCUCUCCGUCGUCGCCGUUCCCCUACACCAAGACCUUUGAAGAGGCCCGCCGGGACCCCUUGGUCGCUCUGCACACGAGCGGCUCUACCGGUCUCCCAAAGCCCAUUGUCGUCAAGCAGGGCGGCUUUGCCAUGGUAGACGCCUUCCGGGGUCUGCCCGAGUACGUGGGCACCCAGUUCCAAUGGAAGGUCAUCGAGUCCUCCGUAAGCAAAGUCUUUGUACCAAUGCCAAUGUUUCACGCGGCGGGACUUUUUUUCGGCAUGCUGGGCCUGGGGAUAUACUCUGGGGUGCCGGCUGCUCUGCCGCUGCUGGACCAGCCGCUCACGCCAGACUUGACCGUCAAGUGUCUGCAGUGCUCCGGAGCCGACGCGGCCUUCUUGCCGCCCUCUAUUGUCGAGGAGUUGAGCUUGAUGCCCGACGGCGUGGAGGAGUUGAAGAGGAUGAAACUUGUAGCGUUCGGUGGAGGAAAUCUCUCCAAGACAGCCGGUGAUUUUCUCGUAGAGCAACGCGUUACUCUAACCAACACCAUCUCCUCGACCGAGCUCACUCCGUAUGCCAUCUACUUCCAGCCCAAUCCCAAGCUGUGGCAGUACUUCAUCUUCAACAGCGAGGUGAUGGGCGCUGACUGGCGAGUGCGUGACGCUGAGAACGGCAUCUACGAGCUCUUGAUUCGUCGCAAGGAUCCCAAGGAGCCGCUCGACCAGCCCUUGUUCUACACGUUCCCCGAUCUCACGGAGUGGUCUACGGGAGACCUGUUCAAGGCCCAUCCCACUCUCAAGGACCACUGGAUGUACCACGGACGAGCGGACAACAUCAUCGUCUUUUCAAACGGCGAGAAGCUCAACCCCGUCACCAUCGAAGACGGCCUCGUCGGACACGCCGCGGUCAAGGGCGCCCUGGUCGUCGGACAGGACAGGUUCCAGCCCGCGCUGAUACUGGAGCCCACGACGCCCCCCAAGACUGACGAGGAAGCGCACGCCAUUAUCGAGUCGGUGUGGCCCUUGGUCGAGGCGCUGAACAAGGAGACGGUCGCCCACGGGCGCAUAUCCAAACAGCUGGUGGCGCUAUCCGACCCGGACAUGCCCUUCCCACGCGCUGGCAAGGGGACGGUGCAGAGACAGCAGGCGGUCCGCAAGUACAAGGACAAGAUCGACGAGAUUUACAAAAAGGCCGACGCGGUCGACGCGGAAAAUGCGCAAGCCAUCGACCUGGGCAGUGUCGACGCCGUCCUGCACUCUGUGCUGGAGCUCCUCACCGGUCGACUGGGCGUCAAGGGCGUCGAACCGGACACCGACUUCUUCAGCGCGGGCAUCGACUCCCUGCAGGUCCUCAGCUUCUCCAAGCUCCUGAGGGCCGGCCUCGCAGCCGCGGGCGCCGAGGUGGACAAUGCCGUUGUCGCGCCGCGCGUCAUAUACGCCAACCCCACGCCGGAGCAGCUGGCAAAGUACAUAUACUCGGCCACGAGCGCGGAUGGUUCCGAUCAAGACGCGCAGGGCGACAAGGAAAUCUCCAUCCUGCAAGACCUGGUGUCCAAGUACACGGCCGACCUGCCGGCCCGCCGGGGCGACAAGCCAAAGCCCCUGGAGGACGGGCAGGCGGUCAUCCUGACGGGCUCGACGGGAUCCCUGGGCGCGUACAUGCUCGACAUUCUCUGCAAGUCGCGCAACGUCAAGACGGUCGUGUGCCUGAACCGCGGCGCAGACGGCGGCAAGGGUCGACAGCCCGGGGUCAGCGCAGGCAGAGGCCUGGCCACCGACUUCUCCAAGGUCGAGUUUCUCGGCUCGGACCUCUCGCAGCCGGAUCUCGGGCUGGGCGCGGCGAAAUACAACAGCCUCGCCGCCGCGGCCGACCGCAUCAUCCACAACGCCUGGCCGGUCAACUUCAACAUCAGCGUGGCCUCGUUCGAGCCCUACGUCCGCGGCGUCCGAAACCUCAUCGACCUGUCGGCGGCGGCGGCGAAGCAGCUCCCCGUCGUGUUCCUCUCCAGCAUCGCCACGAUUGGCAACUGGACGGCCGCGGAGCCGGUGCCGGAGCGGCGCCUCGCCGACCCGUCCCUGGCCCAGAUGGGCUACGGGCUGUCCAAGCUCGCGGGCAGCCUGGUCCUCGACGCCGCGGCCGAGACGUCGGGCGUGCCCUGCGCCACCAUCCGCGUCGGGCAAAUCGCCGGCCCCCACGGCCGCGAGGGCAAAUGGAACCCGCAGGAGUUCCUGCCCAGCCUGGUCGCGAGCUCCGUCUUCCUGGGGGUCCUGCCGAGGGAGCUCGGCCCGCAGGACGUGGUGGACUGGAUGCCCGUCGAGGACGUCGCCGGCCUCAUCCUCGACGUCGCCGGCGUCACGCAGCGCCGCGACGUGGCCGACAUCAGUGGCUACUUCCACUGCGUGAACCCCAAGACGGCCGCGUGGGCGGACCUGGCCGCCGCCAUCAAGGACUUCUUUGGCGGGCGCAUCCGGGAGCUCGUCAGCAUGGAGGAGUGGCUGGCGGCGCUGGAGGCGAGCGCCUCCGACACGUCGAGCAUCGACAGGAACCCCGGCGUCAAGCUGCUGGACACGUAUCGCGGGAUUGCGGCGGCCAUCAAGGCCGGACAGGCCGACCAUGUGUAUCUGGAGACGGCGCGGACGGUGAGGCACAGCAAGACGGCGGCCAACCUGGGCCCCGUCACGACGGAUCUCAUGCGCAACUGGUGCGCGCAGUGGAACUAUUAG